GCGGAUUCGCCCGCCUCCUGGGCCGUCCCCGCCCCGGUGCAGUCAGUCAGUGGCAACUGCAGGUCUCCUCAGACGAGAGCCAGGCCAGGCGGAGCCGGAAGCCGGCGAAGGUUGAGCCAGCGGCUGAGGGGGGAGAGAGAAGGGGAGGUGGCGGCGGCAGCGGCGGUCCUUCUUCAUGGCGCUGAACCUGAGCCGGAAUGGGCCGGCGCUGCAGGAGGCCUAUGGACAGGUCGUGGCCUCGGGGAGCCGGACUGACUGGGCUCUUUUUACCUAUGAGGGUAAUAGCAAUGACCUUAGAGUUGCUGGAACUGGGGAUGGUGGCCUGGAGGAGAUGGUAGAAGAACUCAGUAGUGGAAAAGUGAUGUAUGCUUUCUGCAGGGUGAAAGACCCCAACUCUGGCUUGCCGAAAUACGUGCUCAUCAAUUGGAUUGGAGAAGGCGUUAAUGAUGUGAGAAAAGGAGCUUGCGCCAACCAUGUCAGCUCUGUCGCAAACUUCCUAAAGGGUGCCCAUGUGACAAUAAAUGCUCGGGCUGAUGAGGAUGUGGAACCAGAUGCUAUCAUGGAGAAAGUGGCUAAGGCUUCAGGGGCAAACUACAACUUUCAUAAAGAAGGCAGCAAGUUCCAGGAUGCAGGUCCUCAAGCUCCAGUGGGCUCAGUCUACCAGAAAACUAAUGCCAUGUCUGAGAUCAAAAGAGUCAGCAAAGAUAGCUUCUGGGCCAAAGCAGAGAAAGAUGAAGAGAACCGUCGGCUAGAAGAGAAGAGGAAAGCAGAAGAAGAGCGCCAGAGCUUGGAAAAAGAGCGCAGAGAGCGGGAACUGCAAGAAGCAACUUUACGUGAGCGCCGAUUUAAGGAGCGGGCCAGUGAGAUUGAUGCUCAGAAGAAAUUCCAGCAACAACAGGAAACUGAGUCAAGGGACAAAGAUAAACAACAAUGGAAGGAGCAGGAAGAAAAUUUCAGCAAGAUGCAGAAGGGUGUCCGAAGGAAGAGUGAGUCUGUGGAGAAAGCUCAGGAAGCAGCAUCAGUAAUAGCACAAAGAUCAGUGAAUCCACGUGACAUCUUCAAACAAAGGGAGAGGUCCAUGUCCACAGAAGCUGCAGUCAUCAGUUCCCAGCCAGGCAAGUUACGGAGCCCCUUUCUCCGGGAGAACAGUCAAGCAGAGGCUCCUGUAUCCCCUGUCCAUCCUGCUGUACAAGAUGUUCACCCUCCUCCUGUUGUUCGUUCGUCUGUACACGACACACCUCCAGUCUCUCCUGUUCCUGCACUUGGUGAUUCUAUCAAGCAGAACAACUACACAUCAGGCACCCCUGUCUACCAACCAGAGGUGGAACAUGAAGCUGUGUAUGAAGAACCCCCUAAUGAGCGAGUUAUCUAUGAUGAGCCCCCUGAGGAACAGCCUGAGGACACUAAAUAUGAUUAUGCUGAUAACUACCAACAAAAUCCUAAUUUGGAGGGGAAAGGCUUAUGUGCUCGAGCGCUCUAUGAUUAUCAAGCUGCUGAUGACACGGAGAUCUCUUUUGACCCUGAGAACAUUAUCACCAGCAUUGAGAUGAUUGAUGAGGGCUGGUGGCGUGGUUAUGGUCCCGAUGGCCACUUUGGGAUGUUCCCUGCCAACUACGUGGAACUCAUUGAAUAAUUGGCCUAUGCCAGAAGAAGAAUACAAGCAAUACCUGAAAGAACAACUCUAUCAAAUCCAAUUCUUCAAAGUGGAAUUAUAUGGCUUUUUAAGAGUGAAUUGCCAUUGUGCUGUGCCCCUGUUGCUGAGGCAGGAUCUGCCCCUGCCCAGUAAAGCAGAACUUUCCCUUUGCCUUUUUGUUUUCCUUAUCUGGCAUUUUCAGGUGAAGGUAGGAAGUCAGUGUUGGCAUUGAGAUGGUAAAAUAGCCCUUCAGGGUUAAAGGCCAAGCACAUCCUCUUCAAACACACAAAGAGACCCUGUGGAGUAUUGAGAACAUAGGAAGAGCUUACCAGGAACAGGGUUCUUCAUGCAAACUGCUUUUCUCAUUCCAUGUGUUGCAACUUUCCAAGAUUGCAUAAGGAGGUAUCUUGAGAAACAUCUACUACAUUACUUAGUGUAACUUUGCACUGAGGUUUAGGCCUGCAGUCCACAGCCCAGUUAUUCCCGAGCACUGCUUUGGGGGAAAUGAAUUGCAAGUUGCAGAUUUUUCUUUCUUUCUUUCUUUCUUUCUUUCUUUCUUUCUUUCUUUCUUUCUUUCUUUCUUUCUUUCUUUCUUUCUUUCUUUCUUUCUUUCUUUUUCUUUCUUUCUUUCGAGAUACCAAUGUGCUAGGAACUGCUUCAGGGCAAGCCCUGUUGAAAUGAAUGGACUUGUGCAAUAAUUCCACAGUGGUCUUGUGCAACUCCCCUUCCAUUUCAGUGGAGUCAUUCUUGAAUGGGAGAUUGGGCCCUCCAACUACUCCACUCUUUAUGUAAGGACCAAACUGCCUGGCUCUUAAAUUCUUGGUAUUUGUGGAAAAUUUCCCCUUGCUUUAAAAGUAAAAGCCUGUCAUGGUAGUUUCUUGAGACAUUGCUUCAGAGAUGAACACCAUUAUGGCAGGUAAUAAACAAAUGCCUGAAGGCAAUGCUAGUUUUGAAAUUGAGUGCACACAGCUUUAAAUAUAAUGUUGGGUGUGGUUUGGUUAACAUGCGAGGAACUUGAUCUCUGCAUUAGUUUUUAUGGAUUUUUAAAGCCUUGUAUUGCAUUUAGAUAGGAUUUCAAUUAAUUCUCCCUUUCCCUUUAGUAGUUCAACGAAACAGAGUACAAAGAAACCUCAGGCAGCUGAGCACUCAGGAAUGGUCCAUAUUUAUGCUCUGGUAAUUGUAUGUCACUAUGCAUCUCUCUGAUUGACAUCAGUUAAUAGUAUUAACCUAGUAAAGUCAUUUGUGGCUCAUACCUGGAUUCAAAUGCUGCAUUUUAAGUGACUUCUGUCAAACUCUCACAGAGCACCACCUCUUCAUGAUGUACUAGCCACAGGUGCAUUAUAAAAACAUUUAAUUAGCCAUUUUUGGGUUUUUUUCUUUGUCUUGCUCAAGGCAGCUUGGAUGGGAUUCUCAAAUGCAUCCAGUGCAGAUAUCUGACGUGGAGGUUGGGUUGUAUAGAGGGUAAUCUGUUUGCUUGGAGGCAAAAGAAAUGGCCUUGCAAGGUUCCAAGUUCACUCUCCUGGUUUUAUGCAUGCUGUGUUGGUGAUCAUGGAAACAAGAGAUCCUAAUGCACUUCUUUAUCAAUCUCUUCCAACUAUUUUUCCUUGAAUGGCAUUCUAGAAAGUGACGAUUUUUAAAAAUAGGAAGCAGCUUCCAGAAAUUGGCUGUUUCAUUUCCACAUGCUCCUCCAUUCCCAGUCUGCAGAAGCUAACCUUAACUACUCGUUCCAUUUUUGUGUAGAGUUUCUGUUUUAUCUCCCAUUUCAAAGGUAGCCAAAGUGGUGAUCUUCAGAUGUUGACUCCAACUCCCAACAGUCCAGCCAGCACGGCCAGUGGUCAGGAAUUAUGGGAAUUGUAGUCCAACAACACUUGCAGGGCCCCUCAUUAGCUACCCAGUGCCCUUCUUCCAUCCUGCUACUUUUGAAAUAUAGUGGAAAACUUUUUCAAAAGCACUCCCCAUGGUAACUCUCCCUAUAAGAUUAAAAAUGAAUAGGGGACCUCUUUCGCAUUGACAGCUUUGGAAACUACUUUCAACGGACUGUACUUUUUUUUUUUUUUUAAUUCCAUCUUUACUUUCAGGAACUAUAAAGGAUUUUUCCUGUUGGGAUGUCUGCAGCAGGCAGCAGUGGCUACACAGAAAUUAUUUUGAGUUAAUGUUUGUUAGAAUUGCCAACCAACCUGCAGGAUCAUUGCUGUUUCAGUUGUUGCUGUUCACUGCAUCUCACGUUUUUGUUCAAAUCCUCCUUUUUGCCAGCUUUCCGCCAUGCACGAAGAUUUGGGAGUAGGGAAAAGGCUUGUGACUUGUAUCAGGAUGAUCUGAAUAAUUAAAAAAAUUGAAAUGAUUAAAAUAA